GAUUCAGUGUGAGAGAACGGCACACGGAGCUCGAGACUCACAGGAACACUCACACGCACACGCAGGAACAGUCACGGACGGAGAGUGGACGCUUGUAGCCGGACACUGGAGCUCAUUGACCGCCUCUUUUCAGUAUUGUUCCUGAUCGCAACAACAAGAAGAUGCCACUGGGUGAAGAGUGCCAUGCGUGGAAAAAGAAGACCACGGACGUGAAGGAGAAGUAUGACUUCAAAGAAAUCCUGGGAACGGGAGCGUUCUCUGAGGUGGUCCUGGCCGAGGAGAAGAGGACCCAGAAGUUGGUGGCUAUCAAGUGUAUCCCCAAGAAGGCGUUAGAGGGCAAAGAGAACAGCAUUGAGAAUGAGAUAGCAGUCCUGCACAAGAUUAAACAUGCCAACAUCGUGUCUCUGGAGGACAUAUUUGAGAGUAAAUCACACCUCUACCUUGUCAUGGAGCUGGUAUCUGGUGGGGAACUCUUUGACCGCAUCAUCGAGAAGGGCUUCUACACAGAGAAAGACGCCAGUAAGCUCAUUCAGCAGAUUCUAGAUGCUGUCAAAUAUCUCCACGACAUGGGCAUCGUACACCGUGACCUCAAGCCAGAGAAUCUUCUGUACUACAGCAUGGACGAAGACUCCAAAAUCAUGAUCAGUGACUUUGGUCUGUCUAAAAUUGAGGGCUCUGGUAGUGUGAUGUCGACAGCUUGUGGAACACCUGGAUAUGUUGCCCCAGAAGUGUUGGCUCAGAAACCCUACAGUAAAGCCGUGGACUGCUGGUCUAUUGGUGUCAUAUCUUAUAUUCUUUUGUGCGGUUACCCUCCUUUCUAUGACGAGAGCGACGCCAAACUGUUUGAGCAGAUCCUGAAGGCAGAGUAUGAGUUUGACUCUCCGUACUGGGAUGAUAUCUCUGACUCAGCAAAAGACUUUAUUGUCCACCUGAUGGCGAAAGACCCCAAUCAACGUUACACGUGUGAUCAGGCUCUGCAGCAUCCAUGGAUUGCUGGAGACACGGCUCUGGACAAGAACAUCCACGAGUCUGUCUGUGCUCAGAUCAAAAAGAACUUUGCUAAAAGCAAGUGGAAGCAAGCGUUCAACGCCACAGUAGUGGUUCGUCACAUGAGGCGUCUGCAGCUCGGCACCAGCCACGAGGGACCCAACCCCAACCUGCCCAGUCCCUGCAGAGGUCACCUGCUGCUGCCAGAGGAAGACACAGAGGCGUGUUGUGAGGGCGGCUGCUCCCAGACAGUGGACGGCGGCGCCGCCGACUCUCUGACCAACUGCAGCUACCGCUGCCACCCGACCAGCAGGGUGUGACCCCGGCAGCUGCUUCUCUCGCCAAUCCAAUAGCUCCCAACGACUUUCCACUUUUAACCCCUUCCCCGCGGGGGAACCAGAGGCACCAUCU